CAACGGCAUGACCCGAAUGCGUUCGUCGCCCAAGACGCCGACGGCGACCAUGGCGGACCAAAAUCGACCAAUUCACAUCCGCGCGACCCGGCUCGUCUUCGAUAUCCUCAACGGCCGCCAUGUGCUCUCCAAGCUCAUUCCCCCACUCGUAUUCCUCGCCGACGCGCUGCUCUGCGCCCUGAUCAUCUGGAAAGUACCUUAUACCGAGAUCGACUGGAACGCCUACAUGGAACAAGUCGCCCAGAUCCUCUCUGGCGAACGCGACUACACAAAAAUCCGCGGCAACACCGGACCCCUGGUCUACCCCGCGGCCCAUGUCUACAUCUACACCGGCCUUUACCAUCUCACCGAUGAAGGGAGGAAUAUCCUGACGGCGCAGAAACUGUUUGGGUUCUUGUACAUGGUCACGCUAGCGGUAGUAAUGGCGUGUUAUUGGCAAGCAAAGGUCCCACCGUACGUGUUCCCGUUGUUGAUCCUCUCCAAACGACUACACAGCAUAUUCGUCCUGCGGUGCUUCAACGACUGCUUCGCGACGCUGUUCCUGUGGCUUGCCAUCUUCGCCCUGCAACGACGCGCCUGGCGGACCGGAGCGCUGAUGUACACGCUCGGAUUGGGCGUCAAGAUGUCGCUGCUGCUUGUCUUGCCAGCCGUGGGCGUUGUGUUGCUCCUCGGCGCUGGCUUUGCGACGAGCCUGCGGCUCGCCGCCGUCAUUGGGCUUGUGCAGGUUUUGAUCGCCGUGCCUUUCCUCUCUAACAAUCCCUGGGGGUACCUAGGCCGUGCAUUCGAGCUGUCGAGACAGUUCUUCUUCAAAUGGACUGUCAACUGGCGGUUUGUAGGGGAAGAGGUGUUCCUCAGCAAGGAAUUUUCACUUGCAUUGUUGGGCCUCCAUGUCGCCGUGCUGGCCAUAUUCGUCACCACACGGUGGCUCAAACCCGCACGGAAGCCAGUGUCCCAGCUGAUCGUCCCAAUCCUGCUCGGAAAGUCGCCAUUCACGGAAGAGGAACAACGCGCGGUCUCUCGUGACGUCACGCCGCGGUUUAUAUUGACCUCUAUCCUAUCAGCCAAUGUCGUGGGCCUCCUCUUUGCGCGGUCCCUUCACUACCAGUUCUAUUCGUACCUUGCCUGGAUGACCCCGUACCUUCUCUGGCGCAGCGGCGUCCAUCCAAUCCUUCAAUACGCCAUAUGGACUGCUCAGGAAUGGGCAUGGAACGUGUACCCUAGCACGCCCAUCAGCUCAGGCGUCGUUGUUGGUGUCCUAGCCUUGACGGCGGCGCUGGUUUGGUUGGGCGCUCGAGAAGAUUGGGAACCGAGGAGGGUCCUUCUAAAGGGUGAGGCGGCAAAGCGGUAAUAGGGCGACUGUGUAUCGGAACAGAAUAGGGGCCAUCAUGAUCCUUCCUCCUCCGAGUCACUGGGUGGCAGCUUGCCGACAGUUGAGUCCUCGUCCUCGUCCUCGCCGAACGUGUUCUUGACAAACUCCUUGGGC